AUGCCAGCCAUCCUUGAGGACCCCUCCGCCGGAACCAUCUACCGCGUCUCUGGAGCGGCUCCCUAUCCAGACCCUGCUCACCCUUCUUUCCCGCCCACCAUUGUCCCUCGCCAUGUGACUCUGCGGGAUCGCCAGACGAUGGCUACCGUUGUCCCCUUUGCCUCGCGCCAUCAGGUACCCGAUUCCCUGUUGCACUAUCUCCAUGAUCAGUUUAACAAGGAAAUCGAGGGUGGUGACACCUAUCCCAUGAUGGAUGCCAUGCCCUUCGACAAGUUCGCCGACUACUGGUUCCAAAACUUUGCCGGCGUCAUGCUUCUCGGCCAGAUCGAGCGCGGCGAGGACAUUGUCGACAACAAGAACUGGUCGACCGAGUGUCUGGGCACCUUCUACAUCAAGCCCAACUACCCUGGCCGCAGCAGCCACAUCUGCAAUGCCGGUUUCAUCGUGACGGAUGCCUCCCGCAACCGCGGCGUCGGGCGUCUCAUGGGUGAGACCUACUUGGACUGGGCACCCAAGCUGGGCUACACGUACUCGGUCUUCAACCUCGUGUACGAGACCAACGUGGCGUCGUGCAAGAUCUGGGACGGCCUGGGCUUCAAGCGCAUUGGCCGUGUCAAGGGGGCCGGCAACCUCAAGAGUUACCCGGACCGUCUGGUGGACGCCAUCAUCUUUGGGCGGGACUUGGGCGACGCGGCAGGUAACGAAGAACUUGUGAGUGAAGAGCGUUUCGACAAGAUCAAGUUCUAUCUCAAGUACGGCCGCUAUCCGAACGGGGCUGACCGAGCCGAGAAAAGCAGGCUUCGUAGCGCCGCGACUCACUACAAGCUGGUCGACGGUGACGUCCUCAUGCUCAAGGACAAGGAGGUCAUCUCGGACCCGCGCCGCCAGUACGACAUUGCGAGAGAGGUGCACAACCAGUCGCAUGCGGGCAUCAACAGAACCACGGCCACCAUUGCGGAGCGCUACCACUGGAGUCGCAUUAAGGAGACGGUCUCGGAUGUAAUUAGGAACUGUUCCGAAUGCAAAGAACUGGGAAAGUCUUCAUUGUCAUCAACGUCCCAAGCUCAGCAGCACCAGCACCAGCCUUCCUUGUCUAACAUCAUGACCACAACGUCCAGCGGCAUAAAGCGUCCGAAUCUUAGCCCGCCCAUUGGGGCCAGCAGCUCCAAGCGAUCAUCUCCCGCUCCAUCUCCUGGCUUUGUCCCGGUUGGUGAUACUGUCACCAUAGGUGAUCAGCCCAGGACGCACCCCAUACCUGCCUUGCCGCCCGAGCCACCAUCUCACAUAGAUCCCUAUGCUGCCUCGUCGCAUCACUAUAACCAGAGUCAUCCGCAUUUUACUGAUGCCAGCGGUCAUCAGAUCUCCAUCUUGACAUCCCCUUCCCCCGGUCCUCCCAUGCAACCACCGUUCAGCAUAACCCCUUUACUCGUCACGCGGCGCAUGAAAGUCCAAUGCUACCACACCAUCCUUCCCCUCCUCCACAUCACCACCAUCAUUACCCACCUCCCUAUCCUUCCCACCCGCAUCAUGAACCGCAACAUCACUCUCCUCAUCAUCCGCACGUCUCCUUGCCCCCCAUUAUCGAUCCACAAAUGA